CUGACGCAACGUCGUUCCCUGCGCACAGGAAGCUUUCGAGGCCUAUUGCGCCUGCGCAAGGGAGAAUGGCGGCUCCUGCUCUUCCAGGCCCUUUGCCGAGGGGAGAAGAGAACGGCUGUGGGAACAGCCCUGGGGACUUUGUGGAGGACAAGGCCGACCCGCCCUAUCUGCGCGCCCGCCGCAAGCUGGAGAACCUGCUCAACAAAAGCAUGCGCAUCCGGAUGACUGAUGGGCGGACUUUGGUGGGCUGCUUCCUCUGCACUGACCGCGACUGCAACGUCAUCCUUGGCUCGGCCCAAGAGUACUUGAAAGCCUCCGACUCCUUCUCCACCGGAGAGCCCCGGGUGUUGGGCCUGGCCAUGGUCCCAGGGCAUCACAUUGUCUCCAUCGAAGUGGAGCUGGAGAGCCUGGCCUCCCUGCAGUACCUCUGACGCGGCACCUGAGGGCAGCAGCCAUUGAUUGGCUUUCUUUAUUUUGACCAAAAGACUGGCUUGACCUCCCAGCUGAACAAGACACCAUUCAGAUGUUGGAAGCCCUUGCACUGUGAACGUGUACAUAUUUCCGUACUGUAUAUUAAAUGUUUUGAUUAAAUGCA